AUUACAGCUCAGAUUUGUGCCUCUUCUGUCAUUUGGCUGUGUGACUGCUGAGACUGCUCUGCUGUACUGUGACUUAAGCAACAGAGCGUACCUUAGGGUCACAGUGAAUGGGAUGAUAGUAGGACAGACACAAGAAGAAGAGCGGGAAUAUGGCGACAGGAUCAUCUCCUACUCACCCAGGCUUUGGCACCUCUGGGAAAAGUUUCCUCAUCGACAACCUGCUGCGCUCAGCAGGGCCAUCCUCUCCCACUCCUCCCUCGUUCGCCUCGGACGGAUCAACAGGUCGGCUCUUCAGGGGCCCACUUGGCAACCCUCGCAGGACAGCCUGGGGCCCUCAGCAUGUUGUCUAUGAGGGUCAGAGUCAAAACUGUGAAAGAGCCAAGGACAGAGGGUUAAUUCCUCGGCUACACUCAGGCCGACUGAGCCGCAUGUUUCUCCCAGGUCCUCGGUAUCUGCUGGCAGCAGCGUCUUGCUGUGGUGGGUCUAGCCCCUCGCCUGUCUUCUCCAAGGGAGCCAACUUUCCGAUGUGGUCCCCGGAUACAAGCCCGAAAUCCCGGCGAGGGAUCCUCCGGAGGGCCGUGUUCUCCGAGGAACAGAGGAAGGAGCUGGAGAAAAUGUUCAAAAGACAGAAGUACAUCAGCAAGACUGACAGGAACAAACUGGCAGCAGACCUGAGCCUGAAGGAGUCCCAGGUGAAGAUCUGGUUCCAGAACCGGAGGAUGAAAUGGAGGAACUGUAAAGAGAAGGAGGCCCACAGUGGCCGAUCCCCAAUGGAGGAGCUUAUGUCCCGGGGCUGCAACCAAAAAGAGGAUCCCCAGGGGGCACCAGAGAGCACUUCACAUAGAACCCCAUCACAGCAGUCCCUAGUACAGGGGCACACGAGUUACCCCAGAGAAAGAGCCAUGCAAGGAACCUGUGACUUUGAUACAGCCACUGAGUCGGCAAACAUUCACCGUCUGUGACCCUUGAGACGAGGAGAGACUGAAAUGAAAGGGACAGUCACAUUAAUUAAAAGGGACCGUCUGAUAUAAAACAACUAACAACCAUAACAACACAAUACCAGUAAUCUUUUAAAAAGUUUUUUUGAUUACUAUUGUGUAGCAAGAUUUUGUAGACGGACUUCACUCUGUCAAACUGUUUUUCAAAGGAUGUACUUUGGUAUUUUGAAUAAUCAAUAGAAAUCUCAUAAACCAAACUUUUCCUAUGCCAUAUAUUGUAUAUAAAUACGCAGUAAAGGUUAGUCAGGUGUAUACAACCGAGGUGUUUCAACGUUUAAUAUUGUAAUCAGAAUGCUUUUUCUCUUUUGACUGAAAAAACGGUGUAAAUAAAAUGAAUCAUUACAUUUUCA